AUGAAUUUCAAAAUAAUAUCCAUCCUUCUUACAUGGAAUUUCCUCUUGAUUUCUGCGAAGAGAGAUUCCCUUGAAGAUGACACGUCAAGGGCCAGAGAGUUAAGAAAUAAAGAAAACAAUAGAAACCGGACUACAUUUAAUGGGACGUUAACGGAUUUACCUGAAAGAAGGUACCUGAGACACAGAAAUAGUUCAAGGUUACGUGGAGACAGGCGUAGAUUUUGGGAGCAAGAAGUGAGACGUGAUCGCCGAAAGGGCUCAGACUCUACCGAGGAUGUCAACAGAACAGAUCCCUUCAACCUUAAAAAUGAGAAAAGAAAAGAGAAACACGCAAAGGCCACAACCGAAAAGGCUUCUGACAGGCGCAAACCACUCCACAAAACCCCGGAAAGAACGCCACUAAAAGAAAACACCACGCGAUUUAAACCAAAAUCCGCAAAUAAAUGGCAAAACGGGGGUUUUAUUCCAUACCCACAGCCGAGAGAGAAAAAGCCUAAUAUCAUUUUAAUUCUGACUGAUGAUCAAGAUGUGGAGCUCGGCAGUUUAAAUUUUAUGCCACGUACAAUGAAAGCAAUAAGAAGUGCCGGUGCGGAGUUUCGUCACGCCUACACGACUACGCCAAUGUGCUGUCCAUCACGGAGUUCCCUGCUCACUGGAAUCUACGUCCAUAACCACAACGUGUUUACCAACAAUGACAACUGUUCUUCUCCGAUGUGGCAAGCCAAGCAUGAAACUAACACCUUCGCAACCUACCUGUCCAAUGCUGGAUAUCGUACAGGUCAGUUUUAG